AUGAAGAUGUGGAUUUUUGCGAUCGUACUGACUCUUGCUGCUGUGGGGAACUGCCUGGAUUACGAGAGCAGAGUGGACGCUUUAGAACAGAUGCUUGGGGAGGUUCAGACUAAGACCGUGCAUCAGAACAAGGUCAUACAGAAGCUGAAACAACAGUUAGAGACGGUGCAACGUUCGGAAGACACACUGAAGAAUGCUUUAACAGUUGACAAAAGAGUGACAGCCACUCCUGUCGUAGCAUUCUUUGCUACUCGACAACAGAACCUGACCAGCAUAACCCUUCACCAGACUAUAGUGUUCGAGGAUGCCACUGUAAACGUACAGAACGCCUACAACAAUAAUACCGGGGUGUUUACUUGCCCCCUCACCGGACUAUACGAGUUUGCAACUACAAUAGUAUCUGCCGGAGAACAUCACAAUCUCAAUUUCCAGAUGAUGAUGGAGUCUACCGAAAUCGCAUACGUCCAUGCCACUCUGUACGAGUAUGACAUGGGAACACAGGUGGCUGUGGCCCACUGCAAUAAGGGUCAGCGUGUAUUGAUCCGACAGGCUACACACUCUCGUUUCGGACUACCGGGAGGAUUCUGUACAUUCUCCGGCCAUCUUAUUCAAAUGUACUAG